UAUUAUCAACGGUCCGUUAACUUACAUGAUAUAAACAUGUUGAGGAAAGUGUUUAGUAAAGGUGUUACUAGACUGUUUAUUACUUCUCACUCCAGGUCAACUCAACGAUGGUGCUCCAGUCUGCACAAGGUAGACUAUGAGCAGGGACAGUCACCAGAAACAAGAGUGAGGGAAUACUUCUAUUACGUCGACCAUCAAGGCAUGCUGUUUAUGGAUGAUGCAAGAAUUAAGAACUUCACAUCUUGCUUUAAAGAGAAGAAGUUCCUCCAGUUUUUCUUCAGUCGACUUCGCAUGAACGAUACAGAACGAUAUCCUGAGUUUCCUUUUUUAUCUCCCUGUGGUCGUGAGAGGAAUUACAUAAGAUGUGAUGAUCUUCCUGUGGUGUUCACAAAUUUGGUGAUGAAGAAUACUUCUUUAGGAUCAGAAGAGCACCUGGCAUAUGGCAAUGCAGGUGAAGUGAUGACCCUUCCAUUCCAGCCAUCUGAAUUAUGCAUGCAAGUUGAGACUGGACGAGUAUAUCACCCUGCUUCUGAAUGUGUAGGAGGAGUGGGACUCGUCAGAUCCCAGUUAUCUAUUCAACUCUCGACACACUUCAUUUUUGGAAACAGCGAAGAAAAACCUCCCACUCACAUAAAUUGGGGAGGUCAAGAAAUAAAACUGUCUCAAAAUUUAGUGCCAGUAUUGCAGAGUCUAGAACAAGUUAGGAAAUUUAGUUUAGGACUUACAGAAGAUGAUAGCUAAUGUGGAUAUCUUUCUUUAGAGUUUCAUGUAAUAAAUAGAUUGUAUAAUUAUAUAAUGUUGUAUAUACUGUAUUUAUAAAAGCAAAAGACAUACUGUAUAUCCCAUUUAAAGUGGGUUGGCUAUGCAAUUUUUUUCCCAUUAAAAGUAGCUUUUAUUAAUGUCAUGAAAAGCUUGGCCUCAGUUUGUCAGAUAUUAUAAGAGUACUUUAUGGUUCAUCAUCACAAUUGAUAAUUUAAUGGCUGUAUUAUUAUUUUGAAUAGGAUAGUGUUUAAUUUUUUUUUGUUCAUUUAUUCCAGGCUGCUGUCAUUUAAAUCAUUACUUGCAAGGCAGUAAGCUAUGUAUUCAUUAUUGUUUAUUCUGAAAGGUAUUCUUAACGAUAUUGUAUUGGGAUUCAUAGAGUAAAGACAUCCAUGCAUGUAUUAUAUAUGUUAUGUUUGGGAAGUACCUGUUCUUACUACACUAUAUUUAUUAAAAAAUAAUUGUAACUUUC